GGAUUUUCUUUUUUGAUCAUGCUUCUAGAAUGGAUUUUGAUGCUAUUGCAAAAUUACAGGGCUGAGCUUUACCAUAUCUGCUCUUCCUUUCUUCUCCGUCGUUUUGCAGUAACCAAAAUGCUUCAAAACCAAGACACUGUUGAUUUUGCAAUCAAUCUCCUUGAUACACAAUUGAGCUGAACUACGAAGAGCAGGAGGAACAUCUCGCCUCUAUCUAUUUCCUUUGUUCCAUUACAGUCUCUCCAUCUCUCUCUCUCUCUCUCUCGUGGGAUUCAAAGCAUGGAGGAACAAUUCAUACUAAGAGUCCCACCUUCUGUAGCGGAGCGUUUAGAUCGUCUUUUGAGUGAAAGUGCUUCUUCUUCUGAAGAUCAAUCAUUGGAUUUGUCUUUUUCUGAGGAUGGCAGGAGCGGUACAUUUGUCAUUGGCAAUGAGCAUUUUCCUGCUUCUCUCUUGGAUCUUCCUUGUGUUGUGGAGUCGUACAAAACUUAUGAUGAUUGUGCAUUAGUCAAAACUGCAGAUAUUGGUCAGAUGAUCAUGGUUAGAGAAGCAGGUGACAUUGCUCCAGACGCAGUGGAAUACAGACAUGGACUCACUCCUCCUAUGAGGGAUGCUCGAAAACGAAGAUUUCGUAGGGAGCCAGACCUCAAUCCUGAGCUUGUCCAGCGUGUGGAGAAGGAUCUGUUGAACAUUAUGGCUGGUGGAACAGUUGAAAAUGCUGAUGUUGAAGCAAAUGAGCAAGAGGAAGAUGGCGAGCAGAAUAUUCGUAAUGUAAGUAAGAAAACUUCACCUGCACCUGCAGCAAAGCCUGAUGUUCAGGAGCCUGUAGCUAAUGCUGGGGAGCCUGAGAGAAGUGAUUCCGAUGAAUCAGAUGAUUCAUUAUAAUGAAGAUGCCUUGUGUCCAACCUGUUGCAUUUGUGCAAUGGUAGAUGGUCAGCUAAGUUGAAAACGAGGGUAUGAUGUCUGUAAAAUAUAUAUGUAGAUGGAUUCCUUUUGUUCUGGGCAAACUUUGGAACGCAUUGAGAACUUUGUCGCCUUGGGGUAAGGUUGUGGGCUAGCAACUGUUAAUGUGUUGUUGUAUUAUCACAUCAUAGUAAUGGAGCUUAUUUUAGUCA